GAAUAAUCCUAUUAGCCAUUUCAAAGCGAGUCUAAACACUCCAUUAUUUUAAAGGCACUUGAUCUCCCAGUUCUUUAGUAGUCGUAGUUAUCUUUGUUUACUUUUGACAAAGUGACCAAUAUUUUUGGUUGACCUUUCUUUGACCAUAUAAUAUGCUGGUAUGUGCAUAAGGACAGAAAGUUGUCGGUAUAUAUCUAGUUAGCUUCAGCAAGUUGUAAGUUUCUUUAUGAACAGGCCAACUAAGGGUUAGGGAACUCUAGAAAGCUGGUGGACGACAUACAUUUGCUGUUACUAAGGGUUUAUCUAAUCACCAGUCUACCGUAUCGAUGACUUUUGAUAAUCAUUCUAACCUAAAUGAUCGGGAUCCUAUGUUAUCAUACCGUGGGAAUUUUACUUGUCUUUGGAUUUCACUCCACCGGAGUUUUCCUACUCUGUUAGGAAAAAAAGAUGUCAGAUCCAAAAUCGCGUCUUGGUAUUCUGUACGUUGGAACAAUCUUACCUAACAUGUGAUAAGAUAAUUAGGAUGUUUAGCUUUUGAGGCCGUCCUGUGUAUGAGAACACUCAAAAUUCUGGGAUCGUGUGAGUAGCUGUUCUCUACUUUUCACAAGGUAUCUGUCACCUUUCCACAAGCGCUACCGGUUUGAAAACAUUUCUCAAUAACAGAAAAUGUUAUGGUUAGUUCAGGUGAAAUAGUGCUCCAAAAAUUCCAAGUUUGUGAGCAGUACUCUUUUACAGCAGAAUAUCUACUCCUCAACAGCAAGUAUUCCGACUUUUUGACUGUAUUUUAUGACAAGUUUCCUAACAGCCUACCGAAGUCAUGAGAUUUCCCGUAGUAUGCCGUUUAGUCCAAACAACAAACUUCUACCACUUUCUUGCCAUACCAAAGUUCUGUUUUAGGCGACAACUGGUUUAUUCAACAAUGUCUCGGUACUGUUUAAUGAAUUAUUUUUUUUCAGUUUAGAUAGUACUGCCAGUUGGUGUUUGUUGAUCUUGAUGAUCAAAACAACUUAGUUAAUUUGAAUUCCUUUUGAAUACAUUGAUAUACAGGCCUAAAUCACAUUUUAAGGUGGGUAUUUUCAGUGGUGAAUUAUUCUAUGGUAAAAUCGGUAGUCAGCACUCAAGUAGUUGUUUUCGUGCUCGUAAACUUUCUUAGUGUUUCGUACGUUCAUUUUUCUAGAAAAAUAAGAAAAAUGGGGGCAUAUCAGAUAUCAUAUUUAAUAGGUUUUUCAAAUUUCCACGUUAAACACUUCAUUCUUCUGCAAAAUCUAUGUAUAGACGACCUUUUCAAUAUGUUUUUCAGCUUCCAAAACCUACUUUCCGUCUCCCCAGAGAGAAAAAGAUCCCUUCGCCCAAAGAACUUACGAGAUGGGACAGAUUCGCACGCCUGAAAGGAAUUCAGAAUCACAAAAAGUCUCGCAAAGUUUGGGAUCCUGAAUCUGAAUCAUGGAAACCAAGAUGGGGUAAAAAUCGGGUUGAUGAUAUUAAAGACAAGUGGGUACUGGAAGUCCCAGAUAACGCAGAUCCAUAUGAGGACCAAUUUGCCAAAUUAUCUCAAGCUAGAAAGGAACGUAAAGCCAAAAAUGAGCUUCAGCGUCUCCGUAAUAUUGCCCGAACUGUCAAAGCAGGACAAGCUCCUCCUAUUGGUGUCUUAACUGAAUCACAGUCAUCUAAAACUGAACUAUCACGUGCUUUUGCAAUUGCACAGAACUCUGAUGCAUCAAUGGGUCGUUUUUCUGCCCCAUUGGAUAGCCGAAAGCUUUCUAAGAAUGUCGAAAAACGAUCUAAGAAAAGAAUUCCAUUGAGUCAAGUUGUCCAAAGUACUAAAAAGAGUAAACCGAAUAAGUUAGUGGCUAGAAAAACGAAAAAGAAUAAGAUUUCACGCCCUUCUAAAAAGAAAUAAUUCUUUGUCAAUAAACUGCUUUGUAUAUAAUUAACCACUUAAUAAUAAACUUUUCAGUCUCUA